CCAUAAUAUGAAAAAUACUUCCUCCUAAUCGGGGCUCAAAUGACGCAGGGGAACUAGCCAAGCUCCUCGGCAGCCGCCGCCGAAACCCGACCCAGGAAGCUCCGAUGGAGGCUCGCUGCAAGUUCUGGCUGCCCAAGAAGAACCGAUUCUGCGCCAACGCCCCUCUCAACGAUUCGCCGUUCUGCGGCAAUCACACUCCGAGGUCGGAUGCUCCGUGGAUCCCAUGCCCCCUUGACCCGUCUCACUCCGUGCUUCAAGAGAACUUGGGAUGGCACGUAAAGAGAUGCCCAUUUCUCAAACAAGCGCGGUCCUUGUCCCUCCAACCCUUUUACCAGAAGGGUAUCAAUGCUGGUGACGAGGAGGACGAGGAUGGUGGGCCGUUGGGGAAUUCGUUGCCGGGGCAUCCGGAUAAUGUUACUACGUCGGAGAUGAAGAGGAAUGCUGUGCAUGGUCUGAGUGUGCCGGAGUUUUGUAGUCUGAUUGACAAGAUCAAGUCCUUGCACGACUCGAUGUGCAGGGAUAUUAGAGACUCGUUCAAGGUUACAGAUGCUUGCGAUGUCUGGAUCAAGGGACAGGUCGAUAGAAAAUUGCCAUUUCAGGAGAAACAUGUGAUGCAACAGGCGUCGAUUCUGGGGAACAUGGAAGAACAUGGGGUUUUGAAGAGAUUUGAUAUGAGGGAGAAGUGUGAUAAUGAGGGAUUGGAUGAUGAAAGUAAGAAUGAUGUUCCUGCUGUUGUUGAGUUUGGAGCAGGGAGAGGUUAUUUAACGCAAUUGCUUGCGGACUGUUAUGGCAUCAACAGAGUCUUUUUGGUGGAGCGGAAGUCAUACAAGCUUAAGGCUGAUCGAUCCUUGCGACAAAAAGAGAGCUUGUUAUUAGAGCGCUUGAGAAUUGACAUUGAGGAUCUGAAUUUGCAUGCUGUUGAGUCUUUACGGGGAUCUCCAUUCUUGGCUAUUGGCAAGCAUCUCUGCGGUCCUGCAACAGAUUUGACUCUAAGAUGUUGCUUAUCAGAAAGAAAUAUUAAUGGUGAUGUUCAGAAAUGCCCAAUUCAAGGCCUAGCUAUUGCAACGUGUUGCCAUCAUCUUUGCCAAUGGAAACACUACAUAAAUAAGAAAUAUUUCUUGAAUUUGGGUAUCAAGAAGGAAGAAUUCCAUGCCAUCACGUGGUUUACCAGCUGGGCAGUAGAUGCCGAUCAUGGUUCGGAUCUUUCUGAUGUCAAGGAUCCAAGAUCUCAUCUUCCAAAUAUUGAGAAGGAGGAAGAUGGAGAGGAUGUGACCCCUGUUAAAGACAUUAUCCGAAAGAUGGAAGCAGUAGAAAGGGCUGUGUUGGGCUUCAUGUGCAAGCAAAUCAUCGACAUUGGGAGACUAAUGUGGCUAAAGGAACGCAGACUGGAUGCGCAACUUGUCAAAUACGUUCCCCCGAGCAUCUCACCGGAGAACCAUUUGUUGAUUGCCAAGAGGGAAACUUGAUUAUGAUAUAAAUUCUGUCUACAUCUCAAUUUUGGAUUCUUCAAUUUGGUCUGAGAACAGAUACUGUAGCAUUUGAAGUUUUGAGUGUGAACGUGGUUUCAAGGAUAGAUGCCCUGGUACUGAGUUGGUGGACGAGCAUAUCUGGGGUAAAGUCCAAACUUGAACACCUCAGUUUUAGAUUUAAUGGAGGCUAAUGCUAAGUUUAAGCAUGUGAUUCCUCAGCAUUUUGCCCACAGUUAAUCUUGAGUGCGCAUGUGAUUCCUUGGCAUCGGGAA